AUGAUUGGCGCCAAAGCCGACGAGUGCCAAAAAUUGACCCAGGGUUCGCCAAGACUUUCCUUGGAGUUCGCUUUUGACGCGGACGCCAGCCAGCUUGGUCGAUCGAACUCGACCUCUCUGGCCUUGUCUUGGGCAUUCCCCUCUCCCCCAUCUUGCGCUCUUGGCGAACACAUCACCAACGCCCUCUUCAGUGAGCCACUGCCUUACGAACGCGACCACCACUUCAUCGAACAAUAUCCGACGACUAUGACGACCCAGUGUCCAGCGUCACCCGCCCUCUCGCCGCGGUCCCAGUCGCCCGAGACCGCGUCAAAGCCCGUGUCCGCGCCUGCGGCCCAGGGCAACGGUGACGAAGCGCCUCCCGCCGCGGCGGGCUCGCCUUCCAUUGACGCCAUCCUUCGUUCGUACGCCUUGCCGGGCAACAACGACGUCGAUCUCCUCAAAGCUCUCUUGCACGCCAAAGCCAAGGAAGACGAGGUAAGCCUCCCGUCCCUCUCCUAUCGUCUUUCUCACCCAGCCCUCCCCGUGCCUCGCAUCGGAGACUCGGGAGGGCCCGAGUUGCUGCGUGCGGUCCAGGCGCCAGGCGCGGCCAAGCUAUUUUCGGUUGGCGCGCUCUUGGGCUUGGCGAAGCUCUCCGCGCAGUGAUGUGACGCCCGCCAUUGCUAUCAAUAGCCCCAUUAGCUUCGCAAAACUGACCCUCGUUUUCCCCUUUUAUUUUUGCCACCUUUUUCCGAAAUCCGCGCCACAUCUUACAACCGAUCACAGCGUCUAGCUGCGCUCGAUCUUUUGCGUGUUGAACAACUUCGCGCGGCCAACACUCUGGCGAUGCACCAGGCCUGGUGGAUGCAGGCGCAAAUGCAGCAACAUUCAGCGUAUGCGGCGGCCGCCGCUGCUGCGGCUCAAGGCAAGAAGAGCCCCGCAUCAACAUUCACCCCUGUCACACCACCCCUUUCCGGCGUCGAGGCCCCGGCGUCGUGGCAACAACUUUCUUCGCGUCUGUUGUCGCCCGUUCCCCCUUACUCGCUAUAUCCGGCCACUGUCAGCGCCUCCGCCGGUUCCUUUCGAGAAAGCUCGGUAUCCGCCCAGGCCGGCCCCUCUUCCGAGCAGGUCUGUAAGCGCGCCAGAGCCGCCAGCACCGCCUCGAGCUCGUCCUCGCGCUCGAGGACUUCGUCGUCGAGCACCACUUCCAUCAGCUCUGUCGAAGAGGACGAUGUCGCUUUGACCGGCCCCGCCUCAAGGAAAACCAAGCGCAAUGCCCCUGUUGUCAAGGCGUCCGCCGCUUCGGCCCCGGCCAAGAAGACCUCGCACGAGGAAGUGAUGCAAGCCCUUCGAGCUAAGUGCGAGCGCAACCUCUCGGCGUCCAAGGCCAACCGACCACGCGCUCUUGCUCCUCGGCCCCUCAAGCCCUCCGCCGUCACUGUGCUCCCGAGUGUGCUCACCGGCCCCGUGUCCCCCAAGACGAUCCCGAUGUCCCCCGUUCGAACCACGGCGACGAUCGCGCGCGAGAUCAAGUCGCCCUCACCCCCUCUUCGUCAAUCGGCCGUUUUCACCCCCGCGGACGAGCAGAUCGCCGCCGGCUCAUUGAGGAUGCUCAUCCAUGCCGCCAACGCUUCCGAACCCGUCGCUGUCGAGGCCAACUGA